GAGAGGGGGAGGUGGUUGGAUGGAUUCACAAAUUGCAAUGAGACAUGUGGGUUACGUAGGUUAAUAGUUGUGCGCCGUGGUUGGUGGUGUCUUCAUUAUAUCCCUACGUGGUGAUAUCCAUUCUUGAAUUCUUCCAGGGUAGUCGACACGUGUCGAGUGAAUUAGUUUCCAUGUCAUCCUCGAUAUGGGUGUAGGGAAAAGCAUGUUAGACAACCAUCAAAAGAGAGAAUUUGCCGACCUUCGUAACACACGUUCGUUAGAGAUGAGUGACAAAACUGCCGGUGUUUUAAUAGUGGGCGACGAAAUUUUGAAAGGUCGUGUUGUGGACACGAAUUCACCUUUUAUUGUUAAACGAUUGUAUAAUCUGGGCGUUAGGGUUAAGAAGAUAAGUGUUGUACCAGAUGAUGUGAAUGUUAUUGCAGAAGAAGUGUGUUUAUUUUCUAAACAAUUUGAUAUAGUUAUAACGACAGGAGGCAUUGGUCCAACACAUGACGACGUAACCUAUGAGGGUAUCUCAAAAGCAUUUAAUGAGGAGCUGACAAUAAACAAGGAACUUAAAGAAUGGGUUUCCAGUUUUACCGAUGGGGAAUGUACAGAUCAUGUUAAAAAUCCGGCUAUUAGAAUGGCAAGAGUACCAAAAUCUGCUAGGCUUCUUAGGUGUAAAAAAGGAGGUUCCGAUAGAUUCUUAGAUACAAUGCCAAUAGUGUGUAUUGCAAAUGUUUAUGUAUUUCCAGGCAUCCCAUUAUAUUUACAACAUUUGUUUAUGAAGUUGGAGCAUGUAUUUAAGCCUGAUGAGAAAUUCAAUUCAGUAUUUUUCGAUCAAUGUUUGUAUUUUAUUACUGAUGAAUUACAUAUGUUAAAACAACUCAAUUUAGCUGUAGAUAAGUAUCCAGAUGUCGCAUUUGGCUCUUAUCCGAUAGUUGAUCAGGCAGCAUAUGUAACAAAAAUUACUCUUGAAUCAUCUUUUAAAGACAAAAUUUGGGAAGCUGAAAAAUAUUUUUUGUCCCUUCUUCCUAAAGGAUCUUUAGUGAAAAAAGAUUCUUUUCAUGCUGAUGAUAUAAUCUCGUCCAUAUACGACAGAGCAUUAAAGUUGCCUAAGAGUGAACUUGUUGAAAAUGUGAAAAAAUCUCUUCAGAUUGUGGAGCAGUGUCUUAAAAAGUAUGAUUUUUCUGAAAUAUCUAUAUGCUUUAAUGGAGGUAAAGAUUGUACAGUACUUCUGCAUAUCACAUGUGCUGUACUUUGGCAUCUGUACCCAGAAAUAAAAAAGAAACCUUUGCAAGCUAUAUACAUUAGUUAUGAUGACCCCUUUCCUGAUGUAGAUAAUUUUAUUAGAGAUUCCAUAAAAAGGUAUAAUCUUGACUUAAAAAUUGUCUCAGGACCAAUUAAAAAUGCCCUUGCCUCUGUAUUGGCUGAGAAACCAAAUUUGAAAGCUGUCUUAAUGGGAACUAGAAGAACAGAUCCGUAUUCAGAUUCACUUAAAUCUUUUCAGAUGACUGAUGCGGACUGGCCACAAGUUAUGCGAGUGAGUCCAAUUUUAGAUUGGUCAUAUCAAGACAUUUGGAUGUUCCUUAGAGAACUUAAUGUACCAUACUGUUGUCUCUAUGAUCAAGGGUAUUCGUCAAUUGGCAGCUAUCAUAACACUGCUCCCAAUCCAAGAUUGAUGUAUAAAGAUGAUAAUGGUGAGAUAAAAUACCAUCCUGCCUAUCUUUUGAAAGAUGAAAAGAGUGAAAGAAGUGGGAGGAAUUAACUACAGCACUUAAUUCUUAAAGAAUAUGGAGUUAGCAGAAAAUUAUUUUGAGACAAUAGAGAAGGUGUGUAGUAAAACUUUUGGACCAAAUGGAAUGGCUGUACUUGUCCAAGGUUCCACUGGGACCAUGUCUGUAACUCAGCGGGGUUGGACAAUUGUGCAGUCUAUUUAUGAUGAAAGUAACUUGAAGAGCUCACCUAUUAAAGUAUUCUUUAACAGUAUGAAAGAAAUUAACAAAAUAUUUGGAGAUGGUGUAAAGUCAUUUGCAUUAGUAGAAAUCGCCUUUUUAAAAAGAUUAAUGCACCUGAAAGUUGAAAAUAGCAUGUCUGUUGUAACCAUUUCUCGAGAAUUACAAAGUCUUUUACGAGCGUUUUGUGAAAUGAAUAUAUUAUCCCCAAUUAGUGUAUCACUGAGUAAACCAGAAGAUCGUGUGAGAGCAACAAGUGCUUUGUUUUACACGUCUUGUCCAUCUGCAGUUUCUUCAAGUCUUCAAACCAUAUUUCAUGAUUGGGUUUCAUCAUGUUUGCGCAUAAAUUCAUGUAAAAAUUCAGAUGAAAAUUUCAUUUCAUAUUUGCAAUUUCUGACAGGAAAUUUUGAUUUGCUAUGUUAUAGAAACAAUUCUAAUUCCAAGUGUGUGUCAGACUCUUAUAUUUUGCCUGGUUAUCUUGUAGACAGAGUUGCUUUAAAUUUGAAUAUCAAGAAGGAAGAGCAUCUACAAGUGGAGCUGUAUAUCCCAGAAGAAGAAGUAGAUGUUUUGGAUAUUUUGUUUAGAAUUAAAUUGAUAAUUAAAGAAAAAUCUUCCUCAAACAAUUUUCGAACUUUGCUUCUCACAACAGCUUUGUUAACAGAAGUGGUUUUGUUUGAACUUAUACAACAUAAUUUUGUAGUUUUGCAUGGUGUACCAGUUGAAGCUGCAAAAUUUGUUUCUUUAAUUUUACAUCAGAAUAUUGACAUUUUGAAUAAUGUUGUUAAUGUUAAAUCUUACAUCACUGGAACCAAAGAAUGUACAUGUUUAUUAUUGCCCAACAUAUUUCAGUUAAUAAUAUGUGCUCCUACUGACUCAUUGAUUAGUGAGUAUGCAUGUAUUUGCAAAAAUGCAUUGAAGCAUUUAUUAGUUAUUGCUAAAAGUUCCCAUGGUGCUGGACUUGUCCAAGCAGGAGGUAUCUUUGAAAAAUCCCUCCAUUUCUAUAUUGCGAAACAAAUCAGUAAAGUAAGAGAUCCCUCUCUUUUUCUUGUCAGUAAUAGAAAGGAAUUACUUGAAUGGCAUAGGCAAAACCAAUUAAUGAAAACUGCUUUAGCUGGUCAAGAUAGUGAUGGUAGAGCAAGAAACCAAUCUGUGAAAGGAAAAUUAAAUAAUUCUGGUCAGGGAGUAUCUGAAGAAAAUGGCAUAUCGAAUGUGCAAAAUACAGAGUUAACCUCUUUGCAUCUUGAAAGUAAAAGUCAAGAUCCAAAACAGUUACGUAAUAUUAAGAACCACUGGAUGAGUAAUUUGGAAAUAAAUGGUCUUUUACUUCAGAAUGUUAAUGAGAAUAUAUUGGCAGCAUUUGCACAAUCUCUUUUGAGAAUUUGCAAUUCUGUAAUGCUAACAACUCCUCUGAUGGAAGUAUAUGAACCAGUUUCUUUCAAAAUGCAAUUAUUACAUCAUGUUAUUAUUACAGCAAUUUUGUUUUUUAAAUGUGAUAUUGCUAAAUAAGUGUAUUUGCAUUUAUUUGUACUUACUUUUUUAUAGUAUGAAUAUUAGGGCAUAAAAUUAUUUUAACUAUACCACUACAUAAACUCUUUAUUUGGUUCAUUAGCUUUUAAAAGCAGCUCAUUCCAUUUCCAAAACUUUUAUAAGGGAAGUAAAAACUUUUUAUGUUCAAAAUCUGUUUAAUAUGAAUAAGACAUGUUCUUGCCAGUUUGGUAGAAAUAAGAUGGAUUUUAACCAUAACCUUUGAAGAGGUUUCAAAGGACUCCGUUAAACUUAGCAAACAUGCUAAAGAGUGGAUUUUACUAAAUAAUGAUAUGUGGUUUCGAUAGCGAACACUUAGUUUAUUUCAUUUUUCUUUAUGUCUUCAGUUAAUAAAUAUUUCAGCUCUAAAACAAUAUUACUGUAGGCCUAUCAGUUUCAUUAUGUCCUCACAUCAUCGAUGUAAAUAUCCAUCUAAUGAACCUCAGAUGAAAAUCUAAAAUGUCUAAACAAACAAUGUUUCAAUAUUUUAUCGUUUCAUUUACUUAUCAUUAUAUAGUGUUUGAUAAAAUACAAUACACACAAUCCUAGAGUAAAUAGAUUCAUUCACUCAUGAAAAUCAAUCUUAAUUUUUCACUGUUGAAAAAAUCUUAUUAUACUUUUUAACCAUUAAAUCAUGGGCAUCUUGCAAGAAGAACAUGAAACAGAGAUAUUAAUCUUAACAUUCACACUGAAAUGAUAACUACAUGUGCACAAAAAUGUUAUGCUGUCAUCCAUUAGUCAGCAGGUCAAAAACAAACAGGGAUGGAAUAUUAAGAAGAAGUUCUUAAAUCGGGAGGUUUGCAGUGGUACCCCUACAUUUCCGAAACUAAUGAAAAGGAUCAAUAAACACAUUACUUCCCCCUACAACAAUUCUCACUGCCACCACCCUUAUCUCCAUCUCUUUUGCUCUGGGUUUCUUUAGUCUUUGAACUUAAUAUAACCAAAAUUUUACCAUGAAAGACAUUGCCAAAUCAAAAGAGCAAAUAUAUGUUCAGAACUGUUGUUUUUUAAUUUUAAAAGUUUUUUUGUGCUUUAAAAUCUUUUGCAUUUUUUAAAUAUAUUUUUUAUUAAUUCAAAUUGUAUACUUUCUCAUCUUCAAUAAAUUAAUUUUCAAAUGCCUGGCCCAAACUAAAAUUCCACUGAGGCUUUAGCAUUUAAUUCCUGUAAUGUCUCUGUCAAGUAAAUUUUACUUGCCAUAGAUGCUCAUGUUAAUUACUAUUAUGAUAGUGAUUAAAAAGUUCCAGCACUUGACACUAAAUUCAGUCACAGAUAAUUUCUUCAUGGUGCAGUGCUCCUAAAUUCAUAUUAUUUUAGAGGGAAUGAAUGUGAUUGUAUUGUCUAUGUUCAUUUUCAUUUGUGUCAUUAAAUCAAUUUGUUGGAUAUCAUCUUUAAAUGCAUUUUUAACAGAAAUUCAAACUUAAUUUUGAAAAUUCCUUCUCUCAAAAUCUUGUUGAUUAAAUAAGUUUGUAUUGAGAAAUUUAACAUUACAAAAAAAUUUUUAAACCCUUUUUAUCUUGUGAGUAGAUUUGUUGUUGUGAACGUAUUGAAAAUACCAUGAAUAGAUCUUAUAGUACCAACCAUUUUCAUUUUUUAUUUAUUUUUUUACGACACAAGGAAACAGGAAUGUUUUUGAUUCUAUAUAUGAAAACGCUUUCCCCAAGGUUUUUUCAUUGAAUUUUUGGAGACCCAUUUUUAAGGUGUGUAGUUCAGAAACCUUCUAGAUGAUACCCCAGUCAUUUUAAUAUCUUAAUUAAUAUCUUUUAAAACUUACAAAUGUGAAGGAGGCUCGUGUAAUAAAAUGUAGAUUUGAAUAUAAAUGUGUUGUUUUUUUUAAAAUAUAUUUAUAAAGAACCACUGUUAGCACAAUUAUUGCUUGCUUUUAUAUUUUAAAUACAUUUAUUAAUCACUGUAAAUAAAAAUUCCAUUUGCUAAUUUCAAAUUACUGAACUUUAGAAACACACUAUUUAUUUUAGCUUCUUUAUUGAAAUUUCUUGUAACUCAUAUGUUGUUAUUUUAGCUUUCAAAGACAGAAAACCCUAUCUUUCUAUUUUGUAAAAAAAGUAAGUCAUAAAAAAGGAAGUAAAACUUUUUGUAUGAGAGAAAGUCUUCCGAUUCAGUAAAGUCUUUGAGAACUGUUUUUCUCUUGGAUUAAACUCCUUUAUCAUGUGUUUCAUUUGUUUCUUUUAUUUGUUUUCAUUCAUUCUUUUUGGCUUCUUGCUCAUUUUGUAUUUCCAUAUUACACGGAGUGCUUGAAAAUCACUUCAUUUGCAAAAUGCUUCUUAGUACCGUAACUUAUUUUAUGUAAUCUCUCCUGUGUGCAAAUUUCUUAACUACUCACACCUGUGCAACUAAACUUUGUAAAGUGUAUGUUAUAAUGAGAAAUAUUUUAUGGAUUUUUAAAAUCCUUAAAAACCCCAAAUCCAGAUCGUGAAAUGUUAAAAGUUUCAGUAUUAUUUAGAGGUGCAGUGCUGGAAAUUUUUAAUCCUUUUGGCUGCAGCCAGGGUAAAAUUGAUCACUCAAUUGGCCCCUAAUAAAAUUUAACAUAUAUUUUCAAAAUUAAUUUGAAAAUAUACUGCAAGUUUGGAAUUUCAGUAAUUAAUUUUAAAAUAUUUUUAAUAUAUGAACUAAAUUUUGUUUAAAAAAGCAUAGAUAGCCUCUGUCCGGGGAGGGGGCUCAAGCUACUCUUCAAGUGUAUUAAUUACAUCCUGGCUGUAACCUUACAUCGGAUAUCAGUAUUAACAUUUUAAUAUAGAGAAAAUGAAUUAUAGUGUUUUGUUAAGUAAUUGGUUGAACUCUUCUUAGAAGAACUUUUUUUUACUUCAUUGCUUCUGAGAAUUACUGCCAUAGUAUAUUGAUAAUACAUGUGUACAGAUGUGCAUUUAAACAUAAGAGCAGUGGUAACUAAGAAAUCUAUCAAACCAUUCGUGGCUUUUAUCCUCUUUGCCUUUCAUUUGAGGUGAUAGAAUAUAUCUUAAGGACCUGCAAAUUGUAAGUUUAAAAUAAAUAAUCAAAAGUUUUUUUCAGUAAUCACAGAAAAAAUGUAGCUGCUUUUGCUUUGCACAUUUUGAUAUUUUAGUACAUUACAACAGUAAUGUCAAAUGUAUUAGACAAAGGAUCUCAGGAGUAUUUUGUGAUAGGCUUUUUGGGAGUUUAGGGACAACUUCAGUAAAAAAUGAAAAACAAAUCCACCACUAAAAGUUGUGGGCAGUAGAGAUGAAUUGCUUCUUUAUUGUCAUAAUUAUGUACUAGAUCUACUAAAGAUUUUUUUAGUAAAAAUAAAAAUAAUAAUUUAGCUAGAUAAUAUUUAAAAUUUCUUAUUUAGGAAAAUUUUAUUCCGGAUAUACAUUAAUCUUUUUGUUACAUAUGAACAAUGUACAUUAAACUUUGUUAUAAAUUAUCUUGAAUAAGUUAGAAAAUCUCUGUAUUAAGGCUAUGUUUUAUAUUUUUUCAUACUGAUUCAAAAAGAUAUUUGUCAUAAAAUAAGGGAACAUCCUGUAUCAUGUACUUAUAUACUCGUUUAAUAUUCAAGCAAUUUUGAAAAUAGAAAUUUUAAAAUCUUACUUUGGUUGAGAGAAAAUUCCUCUUGUAGAAAUCAGGGAACCUAUGCAUUAAUAUGAGGAUUUAUUUUUAUAUAUAGUAAAAUUUACACCAGAUACUUAAAA